GGGAGGGAAUAGCUGAGCUCUCCUUCUUUGCCAACUUCCUGAUUCUAAAACCGAAACACUCGUGACGUCCUUUCACUUCGUAAACAACUGAAAAUCCAAUGACCCUGCAAAGUGAAAUAAACCAUGAUUGUGCUGAAGUGCUGAUGCAUCAAAGGUAGCCAGGAUGAGUUCAUCAGGUGACAUUUCCACUUCACACCAGCGAAGGAACCCACGCAGGACCUGCCGCACCAUCACUAAAGUUUUUGCAGAACUUGACCGACCUGAUUCAGGUGAUAACGUCUCCAUCUUGCAUAGUGAGAGAACCUCUGAGUCUCAAAAUCCUACCAAGUCAUGUGGAUGGAGAAGAACUAAGAAGAAAAGGGAGAAACCUCAAGCAGUCAAUCAAACUGCCCCUUCUGACUCACCUGUUUGUUUAAAAGAGUCUACAAAUCAAGAAACUGAUAUAAACAGACAUGUUUCUUUAAAGCCUCAUGAACCUGAGCCAAUGGUGCCUCAACAAAAUACUAUCCCUGAAGCAAAUACUUCAAAAAGACAUUAUAAGGGCAGAAAGAAGGUAGACACUCAACCCUGUGUGAAAGGAGUGGAUACCACCAAAGUUUGUUCUGAAAGAGUGGACAAAUCUGCACACAGUGCAAGCCCAGAAUCACAGAAAACAAAAAGGGGCACCAAAAGGACACACUUUCAGAACUCUAAAAAAAUGUAUACUCCCUCUGAAGUUUCUACAGGGCUUCCCACAUGUACUACAAAAUCUCACCGUCCUAAAAAGGAGAUAUCCUCCUGUCACACUAACUAUGAUUGUAGCUCUAGACCACACACUCCAAAACGGGGCAAGCGUCAGCCAAGCCAUUUUCUCAGCUCUACACCUAAGUCGGACCUCCAACCCCUGUCUCCAAACAGAGCCGAGAGUAGUUGUUCACCAGACACACUUCCUAGGCCUCAGAUCGUACCGCUGACAAGUCCAUUAAGGAAACCUCCAGACGCUACACCAUCAAGAAUGGACAAACCUCAGAGGCUCGCUAAAGUAGGAAGACCAAGAGGUCGCAGGAAUGGGAAUGUGCAGGAACAGUCAAUCACCUCUCCCAAAGUGAAACGUUCCAAGAAGAGUGCAGCAUCUCCAGUGGAAUGCCCUCGGGAAGAGCUCUCCAUUGAGGUGACUCCUGUCAGGCCUUGCUUGGAACCCCAGGAGCCAGAGCUUCAGAACUCGGCCAUUCAAAACAUGUCAUCUGACUUCUCAAUGGAGCUGAGCCUUCAAGAGGAGCCCCAACCCAUCAACCACUCCCUCUUGCAGGAAGAGGACCAGGAUGAUGAUGAAGAGGAGCUGCCCAGUUUCUUGCGGCAGGACAAUAAAAAGCCUUUGUCAAUCUCAGAGGGACUUUGCGUGUGGUGCAAACUGAGGAAAUACCCGUACUGGCCAGCAGUGGUUAAAAGUGUGAAUCACAAGAGCAAAAAAGCUAGCAUUGUGUUUAUUGAUGGUUACCUUUUCGAUCAAAAGGGAAUCAGAAAAGGUUUUUCUGUAUCUAUGCGAACCCUAAAGCCUUUUGAUUGUGAAGAGUCGGAUAAACUUGUGGACAUAGCGAAAGAGAUGUACGGCAGUGCAAUUACCUGGUCUCUGGAACUGAUAUCAGACUAUAGAAUCCGCAUUGGUUGUGGCUCCUUCACUGGUUCCUUCAUUGAAUAUUGUGCUGCGGACAUUAGUUGCCCACUAAGAAAAAAGUAUUCUGAAGGGAAAUCUGUGCUGACCUUCCCCAGUCAGGAGAUUCUGAGUGAGCAGUGCAACUACUCAGAAGAAAACAUAGAGGACAUUGUUGUGGAAGAGCAAGAUGAGCUCCUUUCGAAGAAGGUGCUGCCAGAUCGAUCAAAAGCUGCACGCAACCGUGCCAACAAGCUAUUGGUUGACUUCAUCGUCAACAAGCGAAGAGUGGAAAAUCGCUUACUGGCAAUCAUCAAUGGUCAGGAGUCAUCUAAAUGGCUUCAAGCCCUCAUGAAGCCCACUCGCCGAGUGGUUGAUGUCUAUCUGGAAGAUGAGGAACAGGUUGAUAAGGUGUACCGUUACCUGAACAAAGUCUGUGACAAUGCCCCUCAAAUAAACACCUGCCUGGUAAACAUCCAGGCUGACAGGAUCUGCCUUAUUCUUGAUGUGCUCCUGCCAGAGGCAAUUAUUUAUGCCAUUGCUGGAGUCCACAAGCUUUCUCUGGAGAAAGCAGAGGAGAAGUAUCGCAGAGGGCCGUGCUUCAGUAACAGAGAGAGACAGGAGUUUGACAUGAUGAUUGAACAGCAGAUGAAAUUGAAGAGAAUCACACAGCGUUAUCAAUAGUGACAGUCAAAAGCAAAAUGAACAGCUAUUUAAAAGAAACGCAGACUUCUGUGGCAGUUGUGUAUUGGAGGUUUUGUUCUUGGGAAAUCAUGAUUGUCAAUGUAUACAAAACUAAACUGAUUUUUAAUAUAUAUUUUUUUUAUUUUCAUGCCUCGAAGAGAAGAAAUCUGAUUUUCUGGGCUGAGUAUGAUAUCCCAACAUAACAUAAUCAAUAUGCUUAAGUCAUGAAAAUGUGUUGCAGUCAACUUGUGUACAUUGUGUACUGUAUGUAUUUACCGGUACAACAUGCGUUAUAAUAAUACAUAAAAACAUUUUAAUAAUUUUUUUCAUUUUAUUCCUCUGAUCAUUUAAAUGCGAUGAAUGUGGGAAUGUGAGACCUUGUUUUAAAAUUGCUUAAGCAAGCGUGUUUAAGGUGGCAUGUGCUGUUUGUAACUAUUUGUAACGUAAAAGUGUCAAGGUGCAUUAGCGAGAAACUUGUGUCUCUUUAAACCUCCAAAAUGAUUUAUUCUCGUUAUUGUGAGAAUAUUAAUUUUCCAUAGAUGGAAGAUUUUAAAUUUUUUUGACCACUUGACAGUUCACAAUAUAUUUGGAAUACAUAGAGGGGUUUUCUACUCGAUAGUAUAAAAAAAAGUGUUUGAUGCCAAAGGAAUCGAGCAUUUUAGUGUAACAACACAUAUCUUAUACAAAACUUAAUUGUUGUUUUUCAAUAAAUCUUUAUUUUGAAACACCCACCA